CAAACUCCUCCCCCCCCCCAGACUGAGGUGGCUCAGUCACCAUCAAGGUCUCCACAGAUCUGUCCUCUUGAUCACAAUCAUCACCAGUGGAUCCAUCCUCAUCGUCAGGGGUGAAAACGUCUGCUGGAAGGGCUGUAAAAAAUGGCAUCUAGUGAUUAUGGUACGAAAAAACAGAAGUUGAAUAAUUCAUCGAGUGCUGUUUGCAAUGGAACAGCUCUCACCAAUGGGCACAGCACCAAGACAUCAUCAAUUGUUCAUCCUGACAUGGGAUUCUACUGUUUCGAUGUCCUGUACCAUCAGCUUCAUCAACUGGAUCCACCAAAAUCACCGACAUUCAGCAACGAGUCAUUUCCUUUGUUCGUGACCUGGAUGAUUGGCAAGGACAUGAGGCUCAGGGGGUGCAUUGGGACCUUUAAUGCGAUGCAGUUGCACGCAGGACUCAGGGAAUACGCCAUCACGAGUGCCUUCAAGGACUCCAGAUUCAACCCGAUAACUCGAGAUGAGCUUCCUCGACUUCAUGUGAGUGUUUCCAUUCUAAGACACUUCGAGGAUGGGGUGGAUUACCUGGACUGGGAGCUGGGAACUCACGGAAUUCUUAUUGAAUUUCAUAAUGAGAAGGGGAACAAGAGGACGGCGACGUACCUCCCUGACGUCGCUGAGGAACAAGGGUGGGAUCAGAUACAGACAAUCGAUUCUCUCCUUCACAAGGGCGGCUUCAAGGGGGUUGUCACCCCUGAAAUGCGUCGUAGCUUGAAAUUAAAAAGGUACCAGUGUGAGAAGGUCACUGUCAGCUAUCAGGACUACAUCACCAACUGGCAGAACCCCAGAUGCUAGCGAACCCUAAAUCCAGACAUUGGCAGCAGUCCACGUCGCAAUCAUCCCUUAUCUCCAACGAUAAAGGGUCAGGCUCACCCCCUCCAUCAUCUUCAUGACUUUAAUCACCCGGAAACCUCCCCCAGGUCUCCAUUCAACCCCCAGAGGACAUCAAAACCCUACGAGACAAAGACCACGAAAAUUCUGGGGAUUUUCUUCACGAAAUUCAGUUAUUUCUUUGUGUCUGACCUUGGGAACUUUUUGGAGAUGAUCCUGGGGUGUCAGUGACAUCUGGAGAUCAUCCCCUGAGACCUUUUGCACCCCAAAAUGGCGCCUAUUUCUUGGAGAAUGAGAUAUUGGAAUUUUGGUAUGUGAUGGAAUCGUUUUUUUGAUUGAAAAUUUGGGGAAUUCAACGCCAUUUUGUUUGGGGGAUUUUGUGGCGGUGGGGGGUGGGAGGGGGAUGAUGACGCCAUCUUUGGGGGGUGAACUUUCAUUAGAAACAUUUGGUCUCAGGUUUUUUUAUUAAAAAAACACGAGAAAUUGAUUUGAUUUUUGUUUUUCAAUUUUUAUGGCGUCACAAAGUCGAUGAAUUUUUGGUGUGUCGUCCUGGGGGACCUGGGGCACCCCAGGAUUUAAUCAUUUUUGGGUCAUUUCAACCCUUAUCUGGUGGUGAAAAUCCCCUAGGAGAAAAAAAUCGUGAGGAAGAUGUUGUUAAUUAAAUAAUUCAGUGUUUACCAUAACCUAAAAACUCUUUUGUUUAAUUAUUUUCAUUUUAUUCUGAAAUGAAACAAAUAUUCUGCUCUUCCUUUCGUGUUCGUUAACAUUAUUGUUUCACGAUUUAACGGAGAUGUGAUGCAAUUGUUUAUUUGUUCAAGUAAAUUGUUUAUUUGUUUAAAAAUUAACGAUAAAAACGUUCAACAUUUUUACGAAAAACAUUUUAAACCGUAAAAUACUGAAUAUCGAUAUUGUUUAAUUGAAGAAAAUUGUUUAAAUAAAAGGAGGGUAGUUAAUAACAAUCUCUUGCAACGAUACUAAUUGUUAAACAUUAAACAAAUUGUUUUUAUUUAAAAAUAUCAGUCAAAAUGUGAAUUAAUCGCACGUCAGAAACAGAAUUUUCUUUGUCUCGAGUGAUAAAUACGAUCGUACAAUCGAUUUAAUCUCGAAAAAAUCGAUUUCGAUUGUUUGCGGGGGAUUACCCGAUGUUAAUAACAAUUAAUUAACCAACAAUAAUAAACAAUAAACAGUUUACGGUGCCCAAAAGACGUCAAUUCCAUCGAAUAAAACAAAUUGAGGGAGAAAAAUAAUGAUUUUGAGGUUAAAAAACAAAAACCAGAGGAUAAAGUCGAGUUUUUGUUGUUUGUUUAUAAACAAAUGACAAGAAUGAAUGUUUGUUAACAAUAAUCGAUGGUAUUGACAAAGAAAUGACACGAUAUGACACGAUAUGACGACGUUUUACCACAUGUUCGUUCCUGAAUUCGACAUUUUCGUCUUAUUCUGAUAAACAAAUUGAAUAAACAAUGUUUAUUGCGUUAAACAAAUGUACAAUGUUAAUGUACAAUGGACAAUGUCAAUGUAAAAGUGUCAAGAUCGAUCUCAUUGUGAUGAUUUUAUCGAUUAAUCACAAAUACGAAGUGCAGCUGUUGGAUAAAAUAACAUUGAGGCUCAUUCCAGUACAUAAAUAAUUGAUUAAUUAAUUAAUUAAGAGUCUUUCGACAUUAAUAAACAAUUGGGAAUGAUAUAUUCGAUGAAACCUGGCAGAUGUCAAUGAUAAUUCGAUUGGGAAACAGUAAAUCCUGUGUCAAAGUGUCUGUAAAUCAUUCAGAGACAGGAAUAACAAUGAAAAAUUAAUUUGUUUAAACAUUACAAUCGAAAAAUGUUGUGAAUAAUGUCGUUAAUGUCGACUCGAGUCUCUGACGUCGAAUUAAAAUAACGAAACUUCUUGAAAACAGAUUUUAUUUCGAGAAAAAUCGCAUUAAAGUCGAGUUUUUCAGAAAAUUGUUUAUUUAACAAUUUCAAUGUGCAAUAAAUUAAUUCGACGUCGUGGGGAUGAGCAUUCGGAAUUGUUUAUGACAUUUGUCACGUUGGAAUGAACAAAUUAAAUGAACAGUCUUCAGUGAAGACACAAAUGUUUUCACAAAUGUCGAACAUAACCUCAAAUUAAUUAACUCACAAGACGUAAUUACGUUCUAAUUGUUAAUGAAUCCGAGUGCAGAAGGUGUUGUUGCAUCGAGUGACAUCAAAGAUCAUUUCAGGACACGAUUAAUUAACCGAUAAACUCAUUAAUUAAUUGAAACUUCGUCUGAUGUGGGUCAAUCGACGAAGAACAAAGGAAAAAUCACUUGUCGAAGCCCUAAUUUGUUGGGUAAAAUUGUCGUUAAUUAACUAAAUUAUUUUGUCACAACGAAAUGAUCUUUUGUUCAUCAAAAUCAAUUAACAAAUUAACCGAAGAAUUUACCUGAAUAUCGAGCCUUCUCGAGUCUCUUUCUUUGUCUGUACAAUGAAAAAUCCAAAAUGGCUGACAAAAUGACACUUUUACGACAUUUUCUUUGUUUUCUAACAAAGAAAUUGAUAAUCUUUUGUUGUUAAUUCAUUUGCCAGUGCUUCAGGUCAUUAUUUCUCUCACCAUUAAUUAGAGAGACGAUCUGAUUGUCGUACUCCACGAGCUGGUGUUAAUUACUGCCAAUAUAUUCAUUAUUGUACCCUCCCAGCGAUAAUUAACAGCUAAACUCAUCGAUAAAUAAUAAAUGAACAAUUGUAAUCGCUGAUCGAUGGUAUUAAUCAACUGCUCGUUACUUAAUUACGUUAAAAUAAUUAAUCAGUAACGCUUGAGAUCUCCAUUGAUACCAUUAUUGAAGCAUCAGUAAUCAAUCGAAGUAACUGCCAAUUUUAAUUACGUAGUUGACAUGUAGGUUAUUAAUUGUUUAACAGACUAGUUAAUGGAGGAUAAUGAGGUGAUUUAACAGAGGAUUUAGGCACUGGUGAUGGUGUUGAUAGGUUAGGUGAUGUCUGUCGCUGUUAUUCAGUGGAAAUUUGUCAUUUUCUAUUGACUAUUUCAUUGAUGUCUUGGAAAUUGCUGUUGAAUCGUUGAUUAGAGGACUAAUUAUACCUUUAAGAGGUGAUUAGGGUCUUGAUUCAGAGGUGGGAUGAGGUUUUCUUUGUUCAGGAGACCUGAGCUCCUCAUUUUGGGUGCGAUUUAACCUCUGGAUUGAGAAUGAAAUGAAUAUUUCAGUGGAAAAGUUUGUAAUCUUCACGAAAAUAACGUAAAUAUAUGAUAUAUAUGAUUAAUGGCACCGUGUAUCACAGUGAGUUAAAUAAAUAAAAGUUUCUUAUCAACAA